CGGCACGACGGGCACUGACGGCACAUUGCUUUUGAUUAGCUAUGUCGGAAUUUUAAUUUUAUGUAACUAAUUUAACUAAUUAUUUUCAUGAAAACAUCUUCUUAUAACAGUACAAAGUCUAUCCCAAGUGUACCCUUACAUAAAACCGUGUACAAUUGUGUAAAAGUCCUUGAAAUUGACAUUAACCUUUGAAAAAACAAUAUGAUUCGUUCAAGUUCAUAAUUUUGUAUAAUAAGUGUCGAAUUACUUUAAAUUGCGACUCAUUUGUCGUUCUGUAAUAAUAAUUAAGGUUAUAGUGAAACCAGGGCUGUGAGCACCAACCAAAUACCAAAAAAUGUUAAACAAUAGUAUAAAAAUGUACAAAAUAACGCAAUUACAAACAUUAAUACAACGAACAAUAUUGUUGAAUGCAAAACGGAAACUCAGCGUUCCACGGACAUAUUCCUGUCUCUGCGGACAAGUAUAUUUAAAAAAUAUACCACAUAAAUAUGAAAUUACUCGAGUACAUUCAACGCAAAGUGAUCAACAUAGACAAAAAGUUGUCAUAGAGACGACAUCACCGAAGAUUGUCUAUGAAAAGUUGGAAGAAAAGGUUUUACCCAACCAUAGACAUAUAGAAGUUGGUUCGGGGUUCUGGAAGGAGAAUAUUGACCCAUAUUUGAAAUUAGCAAGAUGGGAUAAACCUAUAGGAAUAUACCUACUCUAUUGGCCCUGUGCGUGGUCAAUAGCAAUGGCUUCGGUUCCCGGGACGGUCCCUCUACAGACGUCAUUACAGACGGCCGGACUGUUCCUGGUGGGCGCUGGACUGAUGAGGGGCGCCGGGUGCACUAUUAAUGAUAUGUGGGACAGGGAUGUUGAUGCCAAGGUAGAAAGGACGAAGUCCCGUCCCCUAGUGACGGGCGCGGUGUCUGAGACACAAGCGGUGGUGUUCCUAGCGGCACAACUUAGUCUAGCACUCGCUGUGUUACUGCAGUUGAAUUGUUACAGCAUCGUGCUCGGAGCUAGCAGUAUGCUCCUAGUAGUAACGUACCCUUUAGCAAAACGCUAUACAAACUACCCUCAAAUAUUUCUGGGAGCCACAUUCAACUGGGGCGCCCUAUUAGGCUACAGCGCUAUACAGGGUGACCUGAACCUGGCAAUCUGUGGCCCCCUGUAUAUAGGGGCGCUAGCUUGGACUGUGGUGUAUGAUACUAUUUAUGCGCAUCAGGAUAAAGAAGAUGAUAUGAAAGUUGGUGUGAAAUCAACUGCUCUAACGUUUGGCGCCAACACUCGGCCAGCGCUGAGCUUGUGUCUGGGUGUGAGCGCACUAUCACUGAGUUUAGCUGGACAAGCUGCAGAGCUGGGCCUCCCGUAUCAACUCGCUGUAAUAGCUUAUGUAGCUCAUGCUGCUAGACAGAUAUACACUCUAGACAUGGAGAAUCCAGAAGAUUGUGCGUCAAAGUUCAAAUCAAAUGCGUCAGUAGGUGCCAUUAUUCUCAUGGGUAUAUUAGCAGGAGGGUACAAGAAAUAUAUGAAUAAUGUAGCUGAAGGUAAAAAUAUACAGGACACAGCAAAAAGCUGUUUAUUCAGCUAAGAAAAUCUUAAGUGGUACUUUUAGUGCCACUUGGGAUUUAAGUGUAUAUUGUGCUAAAGAAAUAGGAAAUUUUAAAGGUACUACAUUAUGUUAGGUUAAACGAGGGACAUGUUCAAACCCACAAUAAUAUAUGGUCACAUGAACCUAACAGACAUCCAAGGUGUAGUUUAUAACCGUGUCAUUUCUCGGGGGCAUGUCACAGAAGUCAUAAAGGUUCAAUGUAAGAGAAAGUUUCGGGCCAAUAG